AUGGACGCUACUAAAUUUGCCAAUCUUAGUGUCCCGGAGAAAGAAAAAAUUUUCGAAGGUUUAAAACCUUUCUUGAAAACUUCUGCAAGGUUUGGUGUACCAUUAGUAAAUUCUCUUGAUGAAUACGAAUCAUUGAGCAUAGCUGAACAGGAAGUAUUUUUUGAAACCAUUACUAAACCUAAUUUAGCUCUGCUUUUUACUGUGCCUACUGAGGAAAACUCGAAAUUGAAACAAAAAACUCUAGAUUCUUGGGUCAUCAGUAAAAAUAGUCCAAAAAAGAAGUCCUUGGAGAAAGAAAGUAAAUGUAAUGAAAGUAUUUUUGAAAACAGGAAUGAAAAUAAAUCAAGAGAAAAUUAUGCAACUAAUUCUAAGGAUGUUACAAAUACGAAAAGUAUCGAAAAUACAGGAAAACAGCACAGCAACAUAAGUUUCUCGGAGGUAAAUAGUGAAACAGGAAAAAAAUUUUCUACAUCUGAAAAAUGUGAUGCUGUUAAAAAAUCUCAGCAAGUAGAUUCUUUAAUUGCGUCAAUUAGUCUGGAUAAAAUUAAUAAAACAGGGAAUGAAAGCGAGUCUGAAUCUAAUAAAAAAAGUAAAAUAUCUAACUUACCUGCUAUCAAAGGUAAAUCAGUUAAAAGUAACAAACAGUUGUCAAAAUGUAAUAAAGUGGAAGCUACUCAAAUGAAGGAUGAUGGUAUCGAUAAAAAUCCUGUAGAAGUUAAUGUUAUUAUUGAAAAUGAACUGUAUGAAGCGUCAGAUUCGCCCAAGCAGCUUGGAAAAAGGCGCUGCAAAAGAAAAGCUGAAACUGUUGUAGAAGAUACUCCACCGCAGAAAAUUCAGAAGUCGGUGAAGUCGCCAGUUACAGAAUCAACUGGUGAAGUAGAAAAUACUAAACAUUUUAUCAGAAAAACUCGAAAUAGAAGUAAGAACAGAAGUGAUGAAUCUUUGGAAAAGAAUAUAAAUACUGAUGAGCUAGUAUCAGUCCCAUCAAAAUCAGAUUUCUCAAGCUUGCCGUAUAUGAAGGAGACUGAAUGUCUAACAAAAUCAACACAUACUAAAAACCUUAAAACAAUUCAGCAACUGAAAAGGGCAACAAGGAUCAGGGGUAAUCAAACCAACAAGUCUUUGUUAAAACAAGGCACGUUUUCUAUGGAAUGUGAAUUGUCAAAUACGCAAACUGAAUCACAUAAUGCACAGAAAAGGGAAAAAACUCCCAAAGAAUCUGUUACAUCACUUAUAGAUAAUGAGAGCACUGGUACAAAAAGUUUUCUAAAUACGUAUGCUGACAAAACAAAAGAUUCAGAAAAUUUUAAGACAAUAAAUAAAAAUGACACAACUGCAAACUCUGUUAUCACUACAAAAAACAAGUCUGAGAUGAAACCCAAAACCAGUAAAAUGACUAAAACUCCUUUAAAAGAAGGCAAUUUUUCUCCAACAUGUACAUUAACCACUGGAGCUAAUACCAAGGUAGAAGCAACUGUUGAAGAUCCUAUUAUUAUACGUAUUAAGAAAACUAGUGAAACUCAAAUGUCUUCCGAAUAUGCUUCAAAUGUAUGUUCUAAUAAAGCCAAGGACCCAAAAACUGUGGCAUCUGGAGAUUCUAUUAUAGUGACUAAUUACAACUCUAAGAUAAAAUCUAAAAAUGAUAAAGUUUCUAGAACACUAUUAAAAGGAAGCAAAAUUUCCCCACAUUGUGAAAUGUCUACAAGAUCAACUGAAUCUUGUAAUUCUCAAGAGAGGAAGAUAGUUAUUGAAAAUCAAGUUGAAUUAUGCGCAGAUGAUGUUAAUUUUCAACCUGAUACUCCAUCUUCUUCAUGUUUGGGUGCAAACAUAAUAAGUGAAGAAAAUGCCAUAUCUUCAAACAAGACUACUGAAUUGUCUAAAAGAUCUGUGAGACUGGCUAACAUUAAAAAGACUACUAAAAUUCCUUUAAAACAAGAUAAAUUUUCUCCAAAAUGUGAGUUGACCACUGUAGCUGAUAACAAGGUGGAAGUAACUGCUAAAGAUCCCAUCAAAAUACAUAUUGAGGAAACUGGUAAAACUCUAAUGUCUCCCAAACGCGCUUCAAAUGUAGCUUUUAACAAAUCAAAAGACACAGAGAAUGAGCUCUCUGUAGAUUCUGAUUCCGUGACUAAUAACUGUCCUAAGAUAAAAUCUGAAAAGGAUAAGAAAGCUCGACUGAAAGGAUGCAAAUUUCCCCUAAAAUCUGAACUGUCAAGAAGUUUAACUGAAUCUUGUAACUCUGGGGAGAGCAAGAUCAUGAAUCUGACUGAAAAUCAUGCUGAAUUACACAUAGAUGAUGCCAAUAUUCAGCCUGAUAUUCCAUCUUCAUCAAUGUCUGCAAACAUGAUAAGUGAAGAAAAUACCAUAUCUUCGAACAAAAAUAAAAAUACUAAAUCACCUAUAAAAUCUUCGAGACUAGCGAAUAAAGCUUCCAAGUUAAAAUCUAAAUGCACUUCAGAUUCAAGUGUAGAAGAUAUAAAUAUGUGUGUUAUGAAAAAAACUAAAAUAACAUUAGAUUCCAAUGAAACUGAAUCAGCUUCACAGUUUUUGAAACCAAGCAAAAAUUUAUCUCUCAAAAACUCUAGUAAAUUUGGAAUACCUCAUGAAAAUAUUGUUAGUGAAGAGAGAAAUUCAAUUACUGCUAGGUUUUCUCCAAAUAUUCCCAAACUUCAUGAAACCAGUGAAAAAGAUAUGCUUUCUGCUUGUUCUGAGAAAACUAAAAACUCAGGAACACUAGAGUCAUGUAACCGUAUCGUUGAACUAGAAAGUGUAAAUAAAAUGACUUUUUCCCCUGUAAAACAGUCAACAAAUUUGGAGAAUUCGAUUCAACUUGCUGAGAAACCUUUAUCCAAGCAUCAAAUUAAUUCUAAACAAAAAGUGACUCUUGAUGAUUCUACUGAAAGUGAAAAACAAAUCUUACCUUCACCAAAGCAGUCAAAAAUAUCACCCAAAUCUAAUCUGUCACAACAGUAUAAAGAAUUAAAUGAUGAAAUUGAUAUGUAUAUGACAAUGGCUAAAAAUUCAUCAAUAUGUAAAUCUCAAGGUGGCAGUUCCGGUUUAAAAACUACUGAAACAAAUGAAUCAACAUUAUUGCAAUGUACCAUGGACAAACACUUUCAAUCACCGAAAAAGAAAUCUGAAAAACAUAGUGAUAAGUCUGAGAUAACAAAGGAUAACAGAUUGAUUGGAAAAGCUGGGAAAAGAAACAGAAAACAAGUACAUAAAUGUGCUUCCUUAGUUAAUGCUUCUGAUACUGAUAAUGUAAUCGGUUCGAUUGAUGAAACUGAAACAGUACCUUUGUCAGAAUCCACAACAAAUAUUGAGCGAAAAGAUGUAAAAAAUGUUGGGAGUUCUCCAGUGUCAAUUCAGUUGCAGCAAGCUGAAGUUACAAGAAUAACAAAUAUUCAUCAUAAAAAUGUAGAAGAUAAGAUAGAUCUUGGCUUGCUAAAGAAAAGGGGCAAUAUUAUGGUUGCUGAUACCAUGUCAAAACCUUUGCCAAAUAAAAGGAAGAAACUUGAUAAAAAUAAAAUUUUAAAAACUAAAAGAAGUCAGUUGAAAGAGAAAUUGAUUGAUACAGCUUCUGAAGAAAAAGAGAAAACCUCAAAUGAUAUGGGAUCGAGUACUGUUCAUGAUAACAUUCAGCCAGUAUUAUCACCAACAAUGCAAAAGAAAUAUAAAGAAUACAACAAAUUACGUGAGUCCUGUGCUGCCAUUGGAAUAGAUGUUGAUGAACUGUUUGAAUGUCAGGAAAUCAAAGACAUGAUUAAUAAUCCUGAUAUAUUUACAAAAGAUGGAAUAAUUUUUAUUGGCCCAUAUAAAUUGCCUGCCACAGAGAAAGUUGUGCCUAUUGUUUAUGCACAUUCAUCAAAAACAGAUUUGUGUAAAAGUUUGGAAAAAAUGAAUAUCAUGAAUAUGAAAAACACACUUUCAUCUUAA